AUGGCCAUGUUACCGCGUGUCGUGUUUAUCGUUGCUGUUGUGUUAUUUUAUUUUUCAGAAGCCCAAAACGAAUUCACAAAACUCCCAGAAUCCUACAGGAAAAGUGUGAAACUUGCAGAGAAGCAGGUUAACUCACAUAAUGGUGUGCAACACCACUUCCUGUUCUUCAAAAGCCUGAAACAGUCCACCAUUGAGGCAGGAUUUAACGUCAACUACUUAUACCACCACUUUUACCUGAAAGCCACUAAAUGCAGCCGCGGAACUGAAAAUGCCGAUUCGAAGAAGUGUGCGUUCAGAAAUGACCGACCUGUGAUUGAUUGUGGCGUCUGCUACAAGAUGUUCGAUGGCGAGAUUCAGAUGGAACCAAAACCGUACAUACACUGUGUCCAUAAACCUACACUCACACAGGAGAUGGAGGCAUCUCGAAUCUCACACUGCAACAGAAUGUCUUUCAGCAGUGGCACUACGACUCUCCUGGCCUCAACCGGAUCUGAGUAACAAUUUGUGGCUGAAAAUGUAUGCUCAAGCUGAUUUGCCAAUAAUCAGGAGUGGCAUUAUAAGAAACAGGUUAACGACAAACUAGCAUUAUAGUAAAAAACUAACAUUAUAGUGAAAGGGCUAAAUCUUUAGAAUUGAACGACUACCACAAACAGGCAUG